AAAAAAAUCUUAUAUCUACACCCAUGUUUGCAAGCGGGCAGUCUUAUUUGCCUUUCUUUGCACAUUGGGUACCAUAGGCCCAUGCAUAAAAUAUUCUUUAAAUAUAUUUUAGUAGCACCUCAAGUGCUCAAAACGUCACAGUGUACCAUAACCAGCAGUCAGGCGGGAAGAUUUCUCUGCAAAAGUGCUUUAAACAUUCAGAAAAGGGUAAAAGCUGCUCACAUCAUCAUCACAUUAAGCUCACAAACAUACUGGAACAUGUCCUUUCUGCACAGGCCACAUGAAUGAAUGAGUCUUUACUCGAGACAAAACACUUGUCUCCCCUUUCAUGCCUUCGUGCCUGCUUCUGUUCAUCAGAACAAUCCACACCCAUGAGUCUAAAUUACACACGCCUCUGUACCUGGACCUGGAAAUGCUUAGAUUGCUUUUAAAAACGUUGUACUGUAUUUGAGGUUAUUUAAAUCCUGGUUCCUGGUUAAAGGCAAAAUGAAACGAACACUAAAGUGCAUUAUCACAUUUUCAUUUAUCAAGUACAGUUAUUUGUAAGAAAAGAAGAAAAACAAAAGUUUUUGUGAGUUUUAUUCCCUGUCCUCAUUUGUCUGUUCCAGUACUUGUCGGUGAACUGUGUAUGUGUGAUCUGUGUGUUGCAUGACAACUAAACCAUCCUGGGAGGACAAAGCAGAAGAGUUUUCCACUUAUUCUUAUGAACUGAAGUAAAGCAAACACAAUAGAGAGAAAACAUACAGUUACCACCUUAUGAUGUGUUCCUGUUUCCUGGUUUGUUGUCGCAGUAUACACUAUUCCUCUGUCAUGGAUGUCCCCUUAUUUUAAGAACCCCUUUCUUUUUGAGUCACACCUCUGCCCUCAUGUCAGAACUCUCCUGAACCCCCGUUUUUUCCUGGCCCUUGUUGUUCUUCCACAUGUACUGUUUGAUGCAUGCAUCGCCAAUGGAUGCACCAAGUGAUCUUGACUGUCUCACAGGAGACGAGAAGAGAGAGGCAGUGGACGGAGACCAGAAGCUGCAAAUACAGUCACAGGAAGACAACCAGAACCAGAACCACAGUACCACCAUUCCCAUAGCCAAUGGCCACUACUUGGCAUUGGUUCCAGGGAACAGGAGGCCCAUUGAUCCGACUCUUGCAGCACAUUUUGCCAAGAUCGCACCACCACCUCCUCCUCCUUUAAUAGAGACUGGCACCGAUGGUUGUGCUGGUGGAGAGCAGUUGAGGAGGCUGGAACAGCACCAGCAGAAGCUGAGAGAGAUGCAGCACCGUCAGGAACAGGAGAGGCAGAAGAAGCAGUGGCUGGAGGAGGAGCGAUUGAGGCUGGAGCAGCAGAAGCACCUGGAGAUGCAGCGCGAGGAGCUCCUCCAGCUGCAGCUCCAGCAGCAGGAGCACCAGCAACGCAGGCAGGUUCUUCAGUGGCAGCUGGAGCUGGAGCAGCAGUACCGUAUUCAGCAGAAACACAUCCAGCAGCAACAGCAGCUGAGGAGGAGCCCAACUGGCGUCAUGCUCUCCCCGUCCUCCGGGCUCUGCACCAUCUACGAAGCCAUGGAGACCAGCGAUGAGGAGGGCGAGGCCAGAGAAGAGCAGAACGGGAACAAACAGGUGGUAGGAACGAGGGUGCCAUCCUCUGACGGUGUCAAUACGCAGCUGCAUCCUGUCCCUCCACAGAAUCUGGAAUGGAACAGGAAGGUGGACAUGGUGCAGCAGCUCAUCAACCAGACCUUGAUGCUGUCUGGAGAUGGGGGCUGCCCACCUCUCCUCCUCCUCCCUGUGGGGACAGGGGGCACCCUCAGCCCCUUGGAGAGCAGCAUGUGGCCCGACAUGCUGCCACAGUUUUGCCCUCCUGUCGCUACAGUCACCUCCGUCAGCAGCUACUCCCCGGACAGUGAGGGCAGCUCUCCACCCGGAGACUGGACUGUGGUGGAGGUGGAGACACAGCACUGAAGCUGGUUCAUCACCGAGUAAUUAAAUCCAGAAAAGCAGCUUUACAUGUUUUUAUUGUUUUUUUUAGAAAUACGCUUAUUCACUUUCUGGUGGAGAAUUAAGUCAGAAAUUUGAAAUUGGCCACACUCUCACUUGUGUAUGAUGAGUAUGAAGCUAUUGCUUGCAGCUAGUUAGCUUAGCUUAACACAAAUAAUAGAAACAGGGAGAAUGCUAUCUUAGAUCUUAGCACAAAUUGAUCGAACAACAACUGCAGAGUUCACUGAUUAGAGUGGAAAUUCAGUAUUAAAUAAAUAAAUAAAUAAAUAAGUUCAUUUACAUAAAUGCAUCCUUCGCACAGGAUCAUAUCAAGGAGAUGUCUAAGAUUUUGACAGCUCACAGUAGACAGAUUACUGGUGUAAAUCAUGAAAUGAAUGAUGGCUGAGUUCCAUUUAGCUGUCUCAGUCUCUAGCUGUAUGAUGGCCCCCUGUCGCACUGUCCCAAUUAACAUGAACUGAACAGAGCCGCCGUUGAUAUGAUCAGUAU